AUGCGCUGCUUCCUCCUCACCUCUUCCCUCGUCUCCCUGGCAACGGCCAGUCCUUUGGCAGCUAGGGCCUACGACUACAUCAUUGUCGGAGGCGGUGCUGGAGGACUGGUCGUUGCCAACCGCCUGUCAGAAACCAAUGCCUCAGUUCUCGUCAUCGAGGCUGGCGGUUCGGGCUACGACAAUCCAAACGUGACGGCACCGGACGGAUAUGGACUGGCGCUGAACACGGCACUCGACUGGUCUUACCCAUCCGUGGCCCAGAGAGGCGGUUCUACCCACGCCAUGCAUGCCGGAAAGGUGCUCGGCGGAUCCACCGCAAUCAACGGCAUGUCUUUCACUCGUGCCGAAGCCUCCCAGAUCGAUGCUUGGGAGCAGAUCGGCAACAGUGGAUGGAACUGGCAGAACCUCUGGCCGUACUACCUCAAGAGUGAGAAGUACCAGGUCCCUGGUUCCGAGCAGAUUCGCGGCGGAGCCGCGUACGAACACUCUUUCCAUGGAAACCGAGGCAACCUGAAGGUCGGCUAUCCAGACGAACAGGCCAUCAACGAUUUCCUCGCACCUUUGAACGCGUCCUAUCAGGAGCUCGGUAUCCCCUACUCACCAGACGUCAGCGGAGGCGCCAUGCGUGGCUUCAACGUCUUCCCCAUGAUGGUCGAUGUGGCCGAAAACGUCCGCUCCGAUGCGGCUCGUGCCUACUAUUUCCCUUUCAAAGCACGGCCGAACCUGCACGUCUUGUACGACACCUCCGUCACACGCCUCUUCUGGGGUGACGACGAUAGCGAGGGCAAUGCUGUUGCGUCCGGCGUCGAGGCAACUGGCGUGGACGGCACGGCCCUCGCUCUCACCGCAAACAAGGAGGUCAUCGUUUCCGCCGGCGCUCUGAGGACUCCUGCUAUCCUCGAGCUUUCUGGCGUUGGUAACCCUGAUAUCCUGUCCCGAGCCAACGUUACGACCAAGGUUCCCCUCCCAGGCGUUGGCGAGAACCUCAUCGAUCAGAUCAACAACGGUAUUUACUACGCCACCCCGAACAACAAAACCUACAAAGGGCUUGCCAACUACGUGUCUUACCCCAACGUGACGGAUAUCUACGGCGCCGAAACUGCCACGAGCCUCGCAUCUUCCGUACGCAGUGCUCUGCCGGGCUUGGCUGCUCAGAUUGCGGCGCAGAACAACAACGCUACCAAUGCCUCGACUCUUCUCUCGCUGCUAGAGGUCCAACACUCGCUCGUUUUCGAUGCGCAGGUUCCUAUCGCCGAGAUCCUCCACGUUCCCGCCAAACACUUUGGCUCGGAGUACUGGGGCACGCUUCCUUUCUCUCGGGGAAACAUCCACAUUGCCUCAUCUGAUCCCAGCAGCCCCGCUACCAUCAACCCGAGAUACAUGAUGUUCGACUUCGAUCUCGAUGUCCAGGUCGGUGUCGCCAAAUUCUUCCGCAAGCUGUUCGCCACUGGUAGCCUUGCCGGGCUUGCGGGCGAAGAGCUUGAACCGGGCGUAGUGACGGUUGCUGAAGCGGCCGACGACGACGAGUGGGCUGCCUGGAUCUUGCAAAACUGGCGGCCCAACUUCCACGUUCUUAGCACUGCCGUAAUGAUGCCGCGCGAGAUGGGUGGAGUUGUCAGCGAUCGGUUGAAGGUUUACGGCACAAAUAAUGUGAGAGUCGUCGAUGCUAGCGUCCUGCCUUUCCAAGUGUGUGGCCACCUCACCAGCACCAUUUACGCCAUCGCUGAGCGCGCCAGCGACCUCAUCAAAGAAGACGCUGGCAUCCAGUGA